ACUCUAGCUACUUGUAAACUAAGGAAAUGCUCUGCAGCUCGCCAUUUUCUUACCCAACACUUCAAUGGCGCCCCUGAAAAAACUCGUCCAUAUCUCACUUCUCCUGCUAGUAUGCACAGCCAAGGCGGCCAACCCAGAAGCAGAAGCACUUCUCUGGUGGAAGUCGACUUUGGUUGGCGCUAACUCGCUGUCCUCAUGGUCGACUGCGAAUUCCACCUGCUCUUGGUUUGGCGUCUCCUGUGACACUGCCGGGCAUGUUAUGGAACUCAGCCUUCCCAACGCUGGACUCAACGGUACGCUCGAUUACUUGUAUUCGCCGGCGUUCUUGAACCUCACCAAGAUCAAACUCAACAACAACAAUCUUGUUGGCGCCAUCCCAGCAAACAUAUCCAAGUUGCUAACGCUCACUUAUCUGGACUUGAGCAGCAACAAUCUUGCUGGUGCCAUCCCCUACCAACUCAGCAACCUACCAAUGCUUGUCAAGUUUAAUCUGGCAAAUAACCACUUGACUAACCUGGAAUACAGCAAGUUCUCACCUAUGUCCAGUUUGAACAUGUUGUCUCUAGCUAAUAAUGAUCUCAGUGGUACCUUCCCACCAUUCAUCCUCAACUGCACCAAUUUGAGGAUGAAAUCCCUCGAUCUAUCGGGUAACGCCUUCUCAGGUCCAUUACCAGAUUCACUGCCGGAGAUGGCCCCACGGUUGAGGUAUCUAAAUCUGUCCAUUAAUGGUUUCUAUGGAUCCAUACCUCGCUCAUUCUCAAGGCUCCAAAACCUCGAGGCACUAUAUCUCGGGAGAAAUAAUCUGACAGGAGGAAUCCCACCCGAGCUGGGGAUGAUAUCUGGGUUGCGAAACCUUUCACUGGGCAGGAACCCACUUGGUGGUUCGAUCCCAACCUCACUGGGGCAGCUUCAGUUGCUACAGGUGCUCAAAAUCAGAAACACUAGUUUGGUUUCUACUCUUCCACCUGAGCUGGGGAACCUUACUAGUCUUAAGCAUCUCGAGCUGCAGGAGAAUCAGUUACAUGGAAGUAUGCCACCAUGUUUUGCCAGGAUAAAAACAUUGAUGAUUUUUUCAUUGGCUGGAAAUAAUAUUAAUGGUACCAUCCCGACAGAGAUGUUCACAAACUGGACCAAGCUCGAGUAUUUUGAUGUAUCCAGAAACUUGUUUACUGGAAGAAGCCCAUCGCAUAUCAGCAACAUGCGAAACUUGCAAGCAUUGUUUUUGUCCAAAAAUCGCCUUACUGGAAAUAUGCCAUCAGAUAUUGGUAACGCAACAUCUUUGAAAUUCCUUGGCGUUAGCUCCAACCAACUAAAGGGUGAGCUUCCUAAAACUAUCUCCUUGCUCAUAAAUCUUGUUGCUCUCGACUUGUCUGGCAACAAGUUUACAGGUAUCAUUCCUCAUUGUGACAGCAGGCAGUUGCCAGUUAAGGUUGCCAAUAGUACAGACAAUAGCAACUUCUCGGGAGAAUCAAGGUCUGUGUUUUGUGGGUUAACGCUUCUGAUGCUCUUGGAUCUAUCAAACAAUGAGCUGUUUGGAGAUUUUCCUGCUUGCUUGUGGAAUUUGAAAGAUUUACAAACCUUGGAUUUGUCAGGCAAUGCUUUUGCUGGGGAAGUUCCAACCUCAACUUUCAACAACUCUUCACUAAGGUCACUGCACUUGUCAGGCAACAACUUCACAGGUUGCUUUCCAGCGGUGUUGAAGAACUUAAAAAGCCUAGUUGUUUUGGAUCUCGGGAACAAUAAAAUUUCUGGUGUAAUUCCUCUGUGGAUAGGGGAAAUCAAUCUUUCUUUGAGGAUUCUCAGCCUGCGAACAAACAUGUUCUUCGGAAGUAUUCCCUGGCAGCUGUCACAACUCCCUCAUCUCCAACUGCUUGAUCUUGCUGAAAAUAAUUUUAUAGGUUCCAUACCAGAAAGUUUCAACAACUUGUCCUUGAUGAAACAGACAUUUGUGAUGCAACCGUUUGUAACAAUUGACAUACCUCAGUGGUAUUUUUACAAUGGAAGCAUGGCCAUAAUUUGGAAGGGACGGGAGUACACUUUUGAGGGAAGAUAUGCAUUUCUGACAGGUAUUGAUCUCUCUGGUAAUUCUCUAUCUGGUGAGAUCCCUUCAGAGCUGACAAGUCUCAGAGGCAUGCGGUUACUAAAUAUUUCUCGAAAUAAUGUGUCUGGUAGUAUCCCCAAGGAUAUUGGCAAUCUAAAUUUAUUAGAAUCCCUUGACCUCUCUUGGAACAAACUAUCAGGCCAUAUUCCUCCUAGUGUCUCAAACCUGAUGUCCCUCACCACUUUCAAUCUCUCCAACAACCUUCUGUCAGGAGAGAUACCUACAGGCAGUCAGCUCCAAACACUCGAUGACCCAUCGAUCUACGACAAUAAUCUGGGACUCUGUGGUCCCCCCUUAAGAUCAUGCACAAAUAAUUCGAGUGGUACACCACCGAUGGAUGGGGCAAAGGAAUAUCACCAUGAACUGGAAACACUCUGGCUGUACUACUCGGUGAUUGCUGGAAUUGUAUUUGGUUUCUGGGUAUGGUUUGGAGCAUUGUUUUUGUGCAAGAUCUGGCGGGUUGCUUUCUUCAGUUGUAUCGAUGCCAUGCAGCAGAAUAUUGUGCACAAGAUGAAGUGUACCUGACUGUAUUUAUGAUGCAUCCGACUAGAUGCACAAUUUGGUGGAAGAGGCCGCUUUAUCUGCAUUCCGCAUUGUAUAAUGUAUUUUUCAUGACCGUGCAGCUGUAGCUGCAGAUGUUUGUUUUGUUUCACCAAUAAGCUGCAAAUGUCUGUGCCUGUUGUGGGCAGAAUUGGCUUGUAGUUGUUGUAUGAUGUGACCAGUGUCCUACAGGAUUGUAUUAGGUUUUAUUGUCUGAAUUUUUGUGCUUUCCUACAGUACAGUUCCACCGGAUAUUUAGCAAGACGUAUAACCUCUUUGAUAAAUUCUUUAGAGUGACAUCCACUCAAGGUCUUUUCCUAGUAGUGUUCUCCUCCAAGGUCUACAAUUCUUUAGCAAGACGUGUAGUGCGUCAUUAGUAGGCAAAACAGGUGCGCCACUAGCAGGCCUUUUCCUAGUAGUGUUCUCCUCCAAGGUCUUCUUCUCCUGCUCGAAGACUCCGGCCUGGUCCUUGCACUUCUUCUCCCACUCAGAGGCUUCACCUUUCGCCACUUAAACAACGGCCUUGAGAGUAUUGAUCUCCUCCUCAACCUUGCCGACUGACGCCAACUUCUCCUCGGCGGCCUUAGUC